ACGUAGUUGGCUGUUUGCCAUUUACGGACUGGGAAUAGCAGACGUCCGGCCGAUUCCUGGAAAUCAGGACUCGAAGAGCGAUUGCCUAAUGGAGGUGGUGGUGGAAAAUGCGUCGAACAUCCCUGAGGGAAGUAUCCUGUCCAUCCGCGCAGGAAACGUGAGACGACAAGGAACACUGCCAGCCGACAAACCCGUGCGUUUCGCUCAGACCAGUCUCAUGGAUGCUUGUCCUUUCAAGGUGGACCUCUUUGCUCCCCUUGGCACCUCACGCGUGGUCUUGAGACCCAAGACGGACCGCUACACCGUGAGCUUCGGAGAGGGUCAAAAGAUGAAUUUGGACCUGCUGGUGCGCGACAUGAGCGUUGGAACUGAGGAAUCUGUGCCUGCGCCACCGCAAAAACGAGGAGAGGAUGCCUUGAGUGAAACAGAGGCCUAUUUGAAGAAACACGAGCUGCAACAUUUCAUCCAAAACUUGAUGACAAGUGUACUGGCCGACAAACCGGACGAUCCAUUCGCCUAUAUGGCACACCACCUGGGCAGUUCCGUGAAAGUGGCACCUCCCCCGACGCCCUCAGCGAACUUGGCACCCGCCCAGCGUCGGGCCUUGCAGAAGAAACCGCCACGGCUUAUGCCCCACAAGAAGGGCUUUGAUCAACCAGCCUUUGUGGUGGAAGACUUUGAUGGAAAACUCUUGACACUGCGGCAGCUGGAGGCCAAAGACGUCCUUCCGCCUGGUGCGGAGUUGCGGCGCCUCCUGAUCGACGAUUUAUCCAGGGUAUUUCCUGGAAAGAACGUGCCAUCACCUCUGACCGACAUUGUGAGCCGCUUUGUGGCCCGAGAUGCCUUUGCGACACAGGCCAUCUCCUUUGACAGUCCUGAAUGCGUCUACCAGAUGCCCCUGGCAGGGGCCAGGUCGGUGCUGCAUUUCGAGCCACAAGACAUGGUGGCCACGGUGGUGACCUGCGGGGGCUUAUGCCCCGGGUUGAACGCCGUGAUUCGCGAGCUGGUGAUGAUGCUGGCACAGUAUGGUGUCCAGAAGAUCUAUGGAAUCCGCGGGGGUUACAAAGGAGUGGUGAAACCUGAGACUUGGAUGGAGCUGACCCCCAGCAGUGUGCAGGAUAUCAACUCUAUGGGAGGGACCAUCCUGGUCAGCGACCGUGGAAACCCUACAGAGGAGGAGCAAUCUCAAGUCUUGAUGGACAUGGGCGUACGCGCACACUUCAUCAUUGGUGGAGAUGGCACCCAUCGUGGUGCCUAUGAAAUGGCUGAACUGAUGAAGGAGAAAAACUGGAACUGCUCUGUCGUGGGCAUUCCAAAGACCAUCGACAAUGACAUUCCAAUGUUGGACUGCACCUUCGGCUUUGACACUGCCUGUAUGGAAGCAGAACGAGCCAUCAAGGCCGCCUAUGUAGAGGCCACCUGCAACGCCAACUGCAUCGGAUUAGUGAAGUUGAUGGGACGCCACUCUGGCUUCAUCGCGCUGCAUGCCGGGCUGGCGGCCCGGCAUGCGGACAUCGUGCUGCUGCCGGAGAUGACCAUCAGCCUCGAAAAGGUGCUGCAGCACAUCUUGGAACUUAUGCAGCACCUCGGCUUGUCGGGAACGCUGACAGAGUCAAGGUCCAAGGCACAUUGCGUCGUGGUGGUGGCCGAGGGCUGCGGCGACACGCUGCUGGAGAGUUCCGGCGAAGUCGACGUUGCCGUCACCGCCUUCCGCCGCGGCCGCCUGCAUGAGAAGCGUGCGUUCUGCCUCGCAUCUGCCCGAUCGCUUCGCAAUAAGACCUCCAAAUCCGAGCUCAGAGAGGAGUGGGCGAAGGAACAGCCCGCGACAGCGCAGGUGCUGGCGCAUUUUGCUUGGUGUUUUGCAAAGUUGAAGGAGCGAGAUCGAAGGAUCGUUGAUUCCAUUGUCCAUGUUGCACUGCAGAAUCUGGAAGAACUAGCCCCGCAGAAGCUUUCCCACCUCGCCUGGUGCCUUGCCACCCUCCGCGCCCGGGAAGAGUCGUUGUGGCGUCGGCUAGGCUUCGCCAAGGUGGAAAUCUAUGAGGCAGGGAUGGGAUGGGAUGAGAGUGAAGGAGCAGAUGAUGACGGCCCUGACCCAUGCAGCGGCAGAUCUGGUUUGCUCAGGGCUUCUAUGGAGUCGUUGUCUUGUUGUGAUGAUUUUUGGAAGUCUUUGGGGCUACUUCAGACUUGGCUGUGCAAGGUCUUGAGGACCUCACCGGUGCAGGAGAUUCUCAGUGCCCUGAUCCACCAGCGAUGCGCAGACUUUGGUGCACAAGAACUGGCCAAUGCAGCGUGGAAGCUGCAGCCUAUGCCGACACCAGGACCACGGGGGAGGCAGCUGGACGCGCAGUGCAUGGCCAACACUCUGUGGACCUUCGCCUCACUAUCCUGGCGCGAUGUGCCGCUGCUGGUGGCCUUCAGCCGGGCGCGAGAGACGGUACUGGGAGGUGGAGAGCAGGAGCUGGGCAGCUUCCUCUGGGCCAUGGGCAAGCUGGGCUAUGAGGACCCGCAACUCAUGGCGGACGUCGCGGCCGUUUCCAUGGCCCGCCUCAUGGAGUUCUCCUCCCGAGUCCUGGUCAGCAUCGCGUGGUACCUUGGGACCCUCAGUACCUGCAAGAAGCCGCUGCUCCAUGCCAUUGCCGCAUCCCUGUCUCCGGAAGACAUGGCGUGUCAGGAUGUGGCGAACGUGGCCUGGACCUUUGCUCGGCUGAUAGUGGAUGAUUCUGCCUGCAAGCCAACUUGGCACGUCCUCGCCGCCACCAGCGUGCAGCAGAUCGAAGCUCAAGGGAUCACAGCGUCGCUGGCAGACUUGGAGAGCUUGGUGGCUGCCUGCGCAGGGCAACACGGGGAGGUCUUUGAAGCUUUGCAUUCCGCCGCCUCCAACGCCUUGGAGCUUCGCGGCAAGCGCCUGGAUGCGGCCGUACGCGAAACGCCGAUCGUGCUGGGCCGCGGCAAAGGAGUUGGGGAGAGGCCUUCGGUGCUACAGAAAUUGGCGGAGGAGCUCUAUGUGUUGUGGAAACCUCCAGGCUGGUGGGUGAACGUUGAUCGUGACGACUUGGGUAGUGAGAGGCUGACGGUUGGAGACCCGGUGAGGGAAAUGGGUGAGGAUGGACAGAAUGGAGGAAUAACCCCUGAAGCCGAAGAAGCCUCCGGACGUGAGCUGUCCGCUUGGCUGGUGGAGCAGUUUGGUGACGCUUUCCCCAUUGCCACUGACCCCAGCGUCUCCCACGGCCUCUUGCAUCGCCUGGACCGGAUGACCUCUGGCCUCAUCUUGUGGGCCAGCAGCUACCGAAGUUACUUCGCAGCACGGCUACAGUUCGCCACCCGGGAGCAGCUGCGAAAGGAAUACACCUGCUUGUGCCAAGGUUUGGUUUGCCGUUCGCCUCACCUCAUCACGUCGCCGUUACGCCAAGUAGCUGAUGGUCGUCGGCGCAUGGAGGUGGCAAAGGAUGGUGGGAAGGCGAGCGUCACUUCCCUGGAGCAGGUCUUUCAUUUCGAGCUCCCCGAGGGUCGGCUGAGCAGCCUGGUGAUGUUGCAGCUUCAGACCGGUCGGCAGCACCAGAUCAGAGCCCAUCUGUCAGGAUGUGGUCAUCCACUGCUGGGUGAUGUGGACUAUGGUGCUUCCACUUCUUCCGCUCCUCGUCUCUGCCUCCACGCCUCGGCGCUGCGCUACAACGACGCCGUGGCCUCGCUGCCGUGGCCCUCGGACCUGGCGGCGCUGGCGCUGGAGCUGCGGCCGAUGGAUCCCAUGGCACGGGCCGCGGCGGCCGCGCUGAAAAAAAACGCGGCAGAUGCUGCUGGAAUGUGCUUCAAGAUCUCAAUCAACUUGGGAGUACGAGGUGGAGGAAACAAGAAGUUGGCAGAUGUUGGCCCCUGGCUGCGUGACAAGAUUGUGGAGAGAUUCAAGCAGGUGAAAUUGCCUUUGACUGUUAAAUACAUUGACCCCACCUACAUGAUCCGAGCGAUCAAACCCAAUGCCAAUGACAGUGUUUACUGCUCCAUGUUGAGCCACAACGCGGUACAUGCUGCCAUGGCGGGAUAUACAGCCAUCACAGUAGGUCAGAUCAAUUGUCGAUACGUCAUGCUGCCCAUCGCCUGCGUGACAAAGAAUCCACAGAAAAAGGUGGAUUUGCGCAGCCAGAGGUUCCAGGAGUUGGUGAGCACCACCCUGCAGCCCGACUUCACGCCCGAUGGGGUGGAGCUGAAGGUCGCCGAGAAGGCCAAGGUGAACCCGCUCCUACCAGUUUCAGAGCCUGUGAACGUGAUGCAAGCGCUUGGUGCGGGGGAAGAGGUUCGACGCCUGGAAUGUGAACAUUUGUCGUUGACCUUUGGUGAGCGCAACCUGCCCACAACGCUCAUCGAACAGGUUAAGGGUGGCGAGGUGAGUUUCUUCGAUCAAAACUCAUGGGUCGGUAGGCCCCAGAAGCCUCAAAGCCUCGAAGCCAUCCGAUCAUCCUCAGCACCGUUGGAGGUGACGCAAACUCUGGGCCUCCCUGGAGUGCGCUUGCAGAUGCCCAAGGCUGGACCCCGUCGCACCUUGUACUUCAAGCCAGCAGAUGUGGCCGCCACCAUCGUGACAUGUGGUGGUCUCUGCCCUGGCCUGAACAACGUCAUUCGCGAGCUGGUAAUGAUGCUCUAUGCCUAUGGCGUCAAGAAAGUCUAUGGCAUCAAGGGAGGUUUCAAAGGUGUUGUGAAUCCACAGUGCUGGAUCACCUUGACCCCAGAGAACGUUCAAGACAUCCAUUUGCAAGGUGGAUCAAUCCUGGUGAGCGACCGUGGAAAUCCACCCCAUUUGGAGAUGGCAAAGAUGUUGAAGAAGAAGGGCGUGCGCCAGCACUUUGUCUUGGGCGGCGAUGGAACGCAGAAAGGCGCCCAUCAGACCUAUGAAAAGAUGCAAGAGAUUGGUUGGGAAUGCGCCGUGGUCGGUGUCCCCAAGACCAUCGACAACGACAUCAACCUCCUGGAUCGCUCCUUUGGCUUCGACACGGCCAUGUCUGAAGCCCUGAAGGCCAUCGAAGUGGCCUACGUGGAAGCUACCUGCAAUGCCAAUUGUAUCGGCUUAGUGAAGCUUAUGGGAAGGCACUGCGGCUACUUGACCAUGAUGUCGGUGCUGGCUGCGCGCCACGUGGACAUUUGCCUGUUGCCCGAGAUGGAUAUCAAUUUGGACAAGGUCUUAGAUCAUUGUGUGGAGCUAGUGAGCACCAGUGGGAGCGCAGUGGUGGUGAUUGCUGAAGGUUGCGGCGAUACCUUGAUGCAGAGUGCAGGAGGGACAGACGAAGGCGGCAAUAAGAAGAUCAGCGACGUGGGACCCUGGUUGAAGGAGCAGCUGCCUUGGGCGGACUCCAUCGUGAAUCACUUCAAGACCUUGAAGCUCCCGAUUACCAUCAAAUAUGUGGAUCCCACUUAUCAGGUGCGUGCAGUUCCUGCCAACCCCAACGACAGCAUUUACUGCUCGGAGCUGGCCCAAGCAGCAGUGCAUGCUGCCAUGGCUGGCUUCACUGGGCUGACGGUGGGGAAGGUGGACCAACAUGUUGUCUACUUGCCAAUCAAGCUGCUGGUGAGCAUGCCCAGUCGCAUCGUGGACGUCAACGGACGCUGGUUUGAGGCCCUGCGGACCACCACGCAGCAGCCCAAUUUGGUGGACACCCUGCGUGUACCGCAGACCACUCUGCAGAUCUUGGAUGGUUCCAUGGCCAUGCGCUAUGGGCAAGAAGGAGAGAAGCGGGCCUUGGCGAGAGACGACCUCAUUCAGGACCACAUCUCCUUGCGAUCUUUGCAGUGCUUCCAUUUGAGUGAACGCUAUGGCACCUUCAACAUCCCUUCCACCUUGAAGGGGGUGAAGUUGUUCAGCGACAACUUGUCGUGGACAUCACAGGCGAUGUUUUUGGGUGACCGUAUUGACUCAGGGAAGGAUGUUCCUUACUUCAAAAUGACCCGCGCUGGGCCGCGGGAGACCUUGCACUUUGACCCGCACGAUCCUGCCUCAGCGGCCGCCAUUGUGAGCUGCGGCGGCAUUUGCCCCGGGCUGAAUUGCGUUAUUCGCGAAAUCGUCAACAUGCUUUGGGCCUAUGGGGUCCGAAAGAUCUAUGGCAUCAAGGGCGGAUAUAAGGGCGUGAUGGAGCCUGAGACGUGGCUGGAAUUGACCCCGGAAGUGGUCAAGGACAUCCAUAUGGAGGGUGGCACCAUGCUGAUCAGCGAUCGUGGCAACCCCGCACAUUUAGACAUGGCCAAGAUGUUGCAGAGCAAAAACGUGCGGCAGUACUUUGUCCUAGGUGGAGAUGGCACGCACAAGGGUGCCAUGCAGACCUUCGACUGUACCAUGGAGAUUGACCAUGAAUGCGCAGUGGUGGGUGUGCCCAAGACCAUCGACAAUGACGUGCCGAUGAUCGAUCAGACCUUUGGCUUCGACACGGCCUGCACCGAAGCAACGAAGGCGGUCAACUCGGCCUAUGUGGAGGCAAAGAGCAAUGCCAACUGCAUUGGUUUGGUGAAACUCAUGGGACGUCACUGCGGCUUCAUCGCAAUGAACGCGGCGUUGGCGGCGCGGGAUGUGGACAUUUGUUUGAUUCCUGAGAUGAACAUUGACCUUGAGAAGGUGCUGAAACACGUGGAGCACCUGAUGCGAACCAAGGGCCAUUGUGUCAUGGUGGUGGCUGAGGGCUGCGGAGAUACGCUGAUUCAAAGCUCAGGGGAGAAGGAUGCAGGUGGCAACAAGAUCUUGGCUGACGUGGGGCCCUGGUUGAAGGAUACCAUCACAGCACGCUUCAAAACCUUGGGGUUGCCCCUGACCAUCAAGUACAUUGACCCUACCUACAUGAUCCGUUCGGUGGCGGCCAACUCCUACGACAGCACCUACUGCUCGGUGCUGGGGCAAAUGGCGGUGCACGGCGCCAUGGCGGGCUACAGUGGCAUCACCGUGGGUCAAAUCUAUUCACGUUACUGCUACUUGCCUAUCCAUGCCAUCACCAACCAGAGGGGCAAGCGUCCUUCGGCAACAAGGGGUGUGAAUCCCAAGGGCCGCUGGUUCUUCCGCAUGCAGGAAGCCACGAAGCAGCCCAACUUCACCCCAGACGUGCCUGCCGCUGUGGUGGAAGCCCAUGGCUCCAAUGCGGGCGAUGUGCUGGAGGAGGCAGUAGCCGGGGCAGGCAUCAAGAAGACAGCCAUGGCUGACACCACGGCCCAGAGCAGGAUUUUUUCUUGCCACAUCGAUCUCAGUGAGUUGAACUCCGAAUUUUCGCCUCAAUUCCUGAAAAAGACUGAAGAAGGCGCCAGUGAUGGAUCUUCGCUGGGAGGUCUGCCUCGCCUGGGCCCGGGGUCCCACAAAGUCUGUGUUGUGGCCCUUCUGGUGGGGUGUCUGCACUAUGCAGAGGUCUCAGGUUACAACUGCGUCCACAACGGCCUGACGGUGUCGGAGCAGAAGGAUGUCUUCUUGAAGACUGAGCUGCUGGGCUUAGCAUGGUGGAUUUCCACCAUGCCGAAAAAGGAGGAUUUCGUGACGGCCGGGAACCUCUCGGAGGCGCUGCGGCGGAUGCUGCGGGACGCCCGAAGCGAGGCGCCGGACGUGAUCAACGCCAUCCACCGUUUCAACAUCUACCAGGAAGUGAUUUGUGGUUUCCUCUACCACCUCAUCCCGGAAGCGAUCGCAGUGGACAACAUCCACAUUUGGCGCUUCUUGGGUAGCAAAAUACAGGGACUGAUCCCGGACAGAAAGGUCCUCCAGGGCCUAGGUCAUGUGGCCCUGCUGCGCCUGGCGGCCGCGGUGGGUGGCGAUGGACUUUGGGGAGGCGUGCUGCCAGGUGUGACCUUAGCCAUGCUGCUCUUCCUACACCGCCUGGAUUUCAGCCGCAUCCACGAUGUGGGAAUGCUGGAGCUUCGGGAGAACUGGACCAUGCCAGUCAUUUUUGCGCAGGUUUGGGCUAUGACGAAGCUGCUGCUGACGCAUCCAGCUUUCAGUGGUCAGAACACUUGGGAAUUCCUCCGCUGGCGCUGGGCUUUUCGGAUCCUGACAGUGCUGUGCAUUUUGUUAUGGCAGUUCUCGGCCUUUGCCUUUCUUUUGCAAGUCUCCGCCGCUUUCCUUUGCACCCUCCUGGCGUGUCACAACAGUGCCCGUGCUGCCAUGAUGGAGCUGUUGAACUCGCAGCUCCUGGCUGUGCUGGUGGCCGCCGGUCUCCUCUUCGGAAACGAGUUGUUGGUGCAGCACCUGCUGGUCACGCAGCUGGUGGCCAUCAAGUUGGUCUUGUCGCUCCGAAAAGCGCCCUUGUGGCGACUCUUCUGGUGGCUCGACGGGGCCUUGGCAGUGUUGCUGUUCCUACUGCUGCGUAUUUUACAGAUGCCAUUCGCCACGGCGGACGAACAUGUCUGGGAAUUGUACGCGAACAAGAUGAGGACCUUAUUUCCUUCCUACCUGGGCACUGCAGUGCAGAAGGAACCAACCUUCAACACCAGGCUCUACAACGCGGUGAGUGUGUUUGACUUUAUCAGCUGGAAGAACAUCGAGGUGGGCUUCCAGACCAAGGUCUACCACAUGGCGGCGUUGGCUCUGGUUUUUCAAUCAGGGGCCCUGCUUCUCCAGAUCCUGCCGCAUGCGGGCAAAGAGACGCAGUCGCAGAGUUAUGCCCACGUCUUCGCUUCUAUGGUUUUGCUGCUGCAGACGGGCCUCUUUCUGGUGUUGGGCUGCUUCAUUAGCCGGCUGAAAUGCAUCGGUGUGCCCUUCCUGUUACUCUUCGCUUCGGUCGCCCUGGCGCCCAAACCCUUGGAGAUGCUCACGGGGCGCGGAGGAAGCGACAGCCGGGCCCGGGCGGCGCUGUGGUGCCUGAGGCUGCUUGUCUUUCUCAUAGCCGUCGCUGGGCAGUUGGGCUAUGCGGCCUUUCUGGGGUUCAAGAUGCCUUUCAUCGAGAACCGACACAGCA